CCAUCCUGAGGGCGGCCCACGGAGUCUCCCAGGGGAGGUGGGGGAUGGUCCAGGUGCGCCCCGAAGGACAAGUGGAAGGCUGGGGAGAUGGGGGUACGCGGCGCAGAGACUCCGCGUGUGCAGAGCCCCCAGAGGGUGGAGCCACAAAGAUGGGACCGAUGGAGGUUCAGGGUGGAAGAGAAGGGGGUCAAGGAGACGAUAAGGAGCAGAGAAGGGGGCAGGGAACACGAGGGGAUGCGGAAAGGAAGGGAUUCCGUAAGGAGGGGCCAAGACUCCUGUCAGGUGCUGGCCAGAGGGCUGGCUGGAUAGAAACUGGGACGGGCCCAGGGCAUUUGGCCACCUCCACUUUGAGAACCUUGGGGAGAUUCCAGUGAGGAAGCAGACAGUCCUUUCUGGAAGUUCCUUUAAAGUGAGGAGAGUGUAGAUGCGGGAGAAGAAUUUGGGAUGAGGGUGAGGAGCCUUUUAAAGCAAGUGUGUGGUUAGAAGACAGGCUCUGGGUUCUGAAGUUCCCACCCUUACUCACUGCAGUCCUCACCACUGUGAAACCUUUGGCAAGUCACUUAACUUUGUGCCUCAGUUUCCUCCUCUGUGAAAUGAGGAUGAUGAUGACAAUACCUGCCUCACAGGGUUUGUGUGAAGGUUAGAUGAGAUGGCACCUGUAAAAGUACUUAACACAGCACUAAAAAGCAGUACCUGUUACUAUUCACUUUUAUGAUUAGAGCAGUUUGAGCGUAUUUGAUGCUGAUAAGAAGAGGCUGCUGGAGAGGGAGGCAUUGAAGACCGAGAGGAGAGAAAAGGGACUAGAGAGAAAGCGUUGGGAACUUGGUGGGGAGAUGAGUCUGGGGAGUCCAUCUGUGCCAAACCAAGGGAAGGAGGAGGAGUGGGAUGCAGGAAGUUUGCAGGUCUGGGGUAUGCGGUGAAGGGAAUGCCUCUCUGACAAUCUUUUCUCUGAAGUAGGCCUCAAUGUCACCUGCUGAGAGGGCCAGGCCAGGGCUGGCCCAGGUUGGGGUAGAGGUCUGGAUUCACGUUCCAGCCAGAGGGUGCCAUGCUGUCUUUCCCAGGAGCCCCGGAAGGUGUGCAGUUGAAUCUGCCUGGGGUCGGAGGACAUCUGACCUGCCUUGCCAACUCGGGAGGCUCAAGUAGAGCUGAUGGAUGUGAAAACACUCUGUAAGCAUAAUUUACCAUUUUAGCCCCUUUCCCUGAUUUUGAAGGGCCGAAGUCAUCGUCGGAAUCCAAUCUCGAAGCCUUUUGAGCACUUCUUGUGGGCCGUGCACCCUGCCCUGCUUUCACCCCUGAUAGUCAGGUGAAGUCGUUAUUAUCAUCAUCCCCAUUUACAGAUGCAGAAACUGAGGUUCAGAGAAGUUAAGGACCUUGUCUCGGGACCUGGAGUCCCACAGACCUGGUGCUAAUGCUGCUCCGCCACCCGGGGCUCUGUGACUUUGGCCUGGGCAUCUUGCUUCUCUGAGCCGAUACGUGGCUGCAGAAGAAUUCCCAGCAGGUUGCUCUAAGGAUUCAGAAGGAAAACGUCGUGCGGCGCACGGGAGACACGCCAGGAGCUGUAGUUCCACCACUGGGAUCUGCAUCCCACUUGGCUACUGAGACCAAUGCCCUGUGACCUGGUGUAUGUUUAGAGAUGGGGUAACCGAGCUCCCCUGUGAGGAAGUGACUUCUACGAGCGACACUGCACAGGGCAGAGUUAAAGCGCCUGGAACUUGUGUUUUGGGACCUGCCUCCAGGCCCCUGGGGAUUUCCACCAGAAAGAAUGACUGGACACUCCAGGGGCCUUCAGGCACCAUCCAGGGGAUUUUUUCACCACAAAGGGUAAUUCCUGCCCCAUCCCUGCUGUGACUCAGCGGUGACGUUGAACCACACAAACCAGAAAGAAGAAGAUAAAGUCUUCAGACUCCUGCUCACCAGAGAGGGUGGCCUGGGCCAGAACACACCUCUUCUCUCAGCACAAGUUCCACGAGGCUGGUGCCCUGCCCCAGAGGAGCUUAGACGGGCCCCCCGCCAGUCUGGGACGCCAGGAUGGCCUCUGGCUCAGCCAGCAGCCCCCGCCCGGCCCCCGAUGAGAACGAGUUUCCCUUUGGGUGCCCCCCCACCGUCUGCGAGGACCCAUCAGAGCCCAGGGCCCUCUGCUGUGCUGCCUGUCUCUCUGAGAACUCGAGAAGAGCCUGGAAAGGUGGAUCCUGUUAUUAUCCUAUUUCACAGAUGAGGACAGUGAGGCCUGAUGGAGCGAUCAGGAACGGCGAGGAUCGGGUCUGUCUCAAAUGCAGAGGGGACGACUCCCAGUCUGUGGGCCCAGGAAGCCUGGUGUCUCAGGAGAAGGACCUCCCGGAGGUGGCUGAGGCUGGAGUUGGGUGCCCCUUUGCAGGUGUCGGCUGCUCCUUCAAGGGGAGCCCAAAGUUCAUGCAGGAGCAUGAGGUCGCCUCCCAGGCCACCCACCUAAACCUGGUGUUGGGCUUCAUGAAACAGUGGAAGGCCCAGCUGGGCUCUGGCCUGGGGUCCGGGCCCAUGGCCCUGGAGCAGAAUCUGUCAGACCUGCAGCUGCAGGCGGCCGUGGAGGUGGCUGGAGACCUGGAGGUCGACUGUUACCGGGCACCCUGUUCCGAGAGCCAGGAGGAGCUGGCCCUGCAGCACUUCAUGAAGGAGAAGCUCCUGGCCGAGCUGGAGGGGAAGCUGCGUGUGUUUGAGAACAUCGUCGCUGUCCUCAACAAGGAGGUGGAGGCCUCCCACCUGGCCCUGGCCGCCUCCAUCCACCAGAGCCAGCUGGACCGUGAGCACAUCCUGAGCCUGGAACAGCGGGUGCUGGAGUUGCAGCAGACCCUGGCCCAGAAAGACCAGGCCCUGGGCAAGCUGGAGCAGAGCCUCCGCCUCAUGGAGGAGGCCUCCUUUGACGGUACCUUCCUGUGGAAGAUCACCAAUGUCACCAGGCGGUGCCAUGAGUCGGCCUGCGGCAGGACUGUCAGCCUCUUCUCCCCAGCUUUCUACACUGCCAAGUACGGCUACAAACUGUGCCUGCGGCUCUAUCUGAAUGGGGACGGGACGGGGAAGAGGACCCACCUCUCGCUCUUCAUCGUGAUCAUGAGAGGGGAGUAUGACGCUCUGCUGCCGUGGCCUUUCCGGAACAAGGUCACCUUCAUGCUCAUUGACCAGAAUAACCGGGAGCACGCCAUCGAUGCCUUCCGGCCCGACCUGAACUCAGCAUCCUUCCAGCGGCCCCAGAGUGAAACCAACGUGGCCAGCGGCUGCCCGCUCUUCUUCCCCCUCAGCAGGCUGCAGUCGCCCAAGCACGCCUACGUGAAGGACGACACCAUGUUCCUCAAGUGCAUCGUGGAGACAAGUGCUUAGGGUGGGCUGGGCUGGGUGAGCCACACCUGACUCCUGCGGGAGCCCCAGCUCCGACUGCGGCUUUAGCAAGAUGACUUAGGUCCUGCCCUUGACGCCCAAAAUCCCAGGGUGCAGUGAUGGGCAGGGGCUGGCUUGAUCUGAGCAGGACUAACAGAUGGACUGUGGCUGGCCAUCACCGUAGGGUGGCACGACCUUGGGCUGGGCCCACAAAGGCAAAGGGUCCAGGAGGAGGCGGUGGCAGAACUGUCCUCCUCUGCACUGACCACACUGCCCUGGAGGCCGGGGAGCCACUCCGGCCCUGAAUGUUGAGAUAGGCUUUGACCAAGAUGGGGAGGGAAUAGGGACCAGGCCCGGGGCACGGAUGGUGAGCUGGAGAGGCAGGACCUGAACCAAGAAGCUCUCAGGAUGGGACACUCUCUGCAGGGCUACCACGGAGCACUGGAAACAUGCUUGCUCUCUUCCUGCCCGAAGUCAGAACUGGGACCAGGAGGUGGAAGGGAGUGUACAAUGUGAAUUCAGUCUGUCCGUGCCUGGACUGAGUUCCCCAUCACUGGAGGCAAGCAAGCAAAGCCAGAGGGCUGCACUUGGGGGAAGGCAUCAAAUUGGGGGUUGGAUUUGAAGACCUUGAAGCUUCCUUCCACCCCAGAAAGUCUCUAGGUCUAAGCCUUCUGGCCCAGGUGAGGCCUAGGUCUGCAGAGGUUCUAGAAACAUUCAGGAGCCUCAUGCCCUCCAGCUUCCAGGUGGGCCUGGCUGGCCCACAUGGCACCUGCCACCCUGGGCCUGGCAGCUCAGCUUCCCUAACAUGCAGGGGCACACACAGGCCCUGCGUCCUGUACUACCACCAGCAAACACCCCUUCACCUCCUCCAGGUGAAACCAGGUCACUGAGCUCCCAAGAGCAUCCAGAAGGACCGCGGAGGAGAGGGGCAUAAGCUCUCCUCUCUCCCUGCCUGGGGGUCCCACUGUCAGCACUUUCCAGAAUCUCAUUUCACCUGGUUCCGCAAGGUACUCACUUCUCUAGUUGACUGAUCAGGGCCUCUGAGCCCCUGAGCACAGGUUGUCCUUUUAAAUAUGGAUAAAACCAAAGAAGGAAUGUUUUUCAUCUCGUGAAGUUUUCAUGCAGUGUAUGGUUGUGGGAGUCAGUCACUGAGCCAGUUGGAGAAGACCAUUGCUGACUUCCAGGUGGCACUGUCAGUUUCACAGUUACCAUCCCAAGCCGGUGUGCUGGCAGGAGCAUCCCCUCGGCCUCAGCCUUCCCCUUUCCAUCAUGGGGAUGCCCACCCCAGCCUGCCUCCCUUACUGGGCUCGUGAACCUCAAAGGAGAUGCCACACAGGAGAGGCUGGAGAGAGAAAGGCCCCGGGCACCGUGGCCACCCACCUCACCCGUCAUGGCCUGGCCGUGGCCCACGGUCGUCUUCUCUCCUUGGAGACCUCACACAACCACCUCCUGCAGAGACCCUCACCCAACUCUCCAGAGACCCUGAGAUUCCUGUUGCCGCUUGGGGCUCCAGGUCAGGACCUCGCUCCUCUGCCCACCAGCCUUCUCACAGCUCAUUCCUCCUCUACAUGCUGAGGCCACCAUCAACUUCACUCCUCACACCCUCAGGGUUUUCAUCUGUGAAAUGGGUCAGCAGCCCUGCCUGUCCUCCUGGCCCAGCAUUUGAGAGGAUUGUCCUCACGAAGGAGGUGAGGGAGCAGCUCAGCACAGUGGGCUCAACACAUCAGAAAACCAGACCCAGCCUGGGUCCAAGCCCGGCAUCCCGUCGUGCCUCAGCUUCAUUUGAAAACGGGGGGUGGGGGGGGCGCAUCCUCCCAGCCCUUCCCAGCUCACAGGGUUUUCACGAGGCCAGAAUACGAGAAUGGCGCGUUAGUGCUGUGUCUGCGCGACGGCAUCGUGCCGUUGGUGACAGGCUACAAGCACGUCAGGGCUGCUUUUUCUUGUCCCCACCGUCGACAGCCUGUCAGUAUUGGAGACUGACUUGCUUCCCCUCGACCCGUGUAAAUAACAAGGGAAGGUCUGGCCUAGCGAGUGAUGGGGACCUCGCCUCAGGGCUGGUGUCCUGACAAAUAGCAUCUUCAUCCCUACUCAGUGAGUGCUGAGCUGACAAGGCAUUUGUAGGACAAGCUACUGCUGGGGACAGCUAUUCCUCUGUACCUUUGAUUGCUUAUUUCUCAUGGGAAGAGACCUCUCUUUGAACAGUGUGAGUCACAGCCAUUCUUUCAGCAAAGCUCUAUUGAGACCCUAGGGAGGGAAAGGUAACGUGAGCCCCCCACCCUUGAGAAACUCUUAGUUCAGCAGAGGAAGUAGAUACGGAAGUAGGUCAUUGAAACUGAUAAGAGAAGCUCAGAGAAAGCACAGGAUCCCAGAUCCACUGGGUGAAGCAGGGAAGGCUUCGCGGAAGAGGUGGCAUUUACACUCAGCCUUAAAAUAUUGUGAGAUGCUGAGGAUAGGGGUGUAGGGGAGAGUAAAGACGGAGAUGAGAAGCAGGUAGGGUCUGUGAGGCAGAACCCUGGGGGAGAGGCAGAAAGGUAGGAUGGGCAUCGAAGGCAGUCCCAACUGCCAGAAAGUAGGAGCACUGGGUGGGGGAGGUCCCAAAUCACCUGCGUGACCCUCUGGGCUGUCAACAGCAGGGAUGAUUUCAAACAGUAGUUUAUCUUCCAAAGAAGCCCUGUGUUAAGUGCACAAAACAUCUGACAUCUCGCCUCUUACAGGUGAUUCAGGGGAGGGAGGCAAGAGGCAGGCAAAGCCACGUUUCACUGGCUCCUCCCCACCCCCCACCGUUUCAUCCCCUCUUAGAGAUUGGGAAGCUGAGACCGGAGAGGCCAGGGGCCUUGUCCACGUGGGAGCGGGGGAGGCAGCUGGAAUCAGGGGCCAGGUCUUUCGCUUCUAGUUACUUUCCUUCCUCUUCAGGCUUCCUUUGGCUGAAGUCUGUGUCUUCAGCUUCAGUGAGGUCACACCUUCCUGGGAGGCCUUGGGAGGCAAUGGGUCCCUCUGCUCCCAGCCAGAGGGCCAGCCCUGCGGGACUACCCAUGUUAACCCAGCGGUGCCCGGGAGGAGAGGGUGGGCACAGUCAGCACCCACACGUUGGCUGUCACCGGCAGCUCACGGGCCACCUCACUGGUGUCCACAGGUGACCCUCGGACAACCCUGAGCAGUAGGGACAACUAUUAUGUAUGCCUUUAUUGUUGCUUUCGGAUUGUAAGAGAUAUAUACUUAUUGUAGAAAAACCAGAAAACUAUAAAAGUAAUAUACAGAAGGAAGUAAAAAUCACCCAUGAGCUCAGUGUGCAGAAAGUACUACGAGAAACAUUUUAGUAAAUUUUGUCUUUUCGAAACAGUGGAUACAAACACACACAUAGACUUUUAAAAUGCAAUUAAAAUCAUACUCAUUACA